AUCGUUCAUUGGAACAGGCUCUAGUAACAUUACCUCCCUCAGGGUCCUGGGCAUCAUGUCUUACUCUAUGAAGACUGAACACUUACAGAAUCUGAGCCUUCUGCAGUGGCCCUUGAGCUACGUUGCCAUUUUUUGGAUUGUGCAGCCAUUGUUAAUUUGCCUAUUGUUCACACCCUUGUGGCCACUACCAACAGUUUACUUUGUCUGGUUAUUUCUCGACUGGAAGACUCCAGAUAAAGGUGGCAGGCGUUCAGCCUGGGUAAGGAACUGGAAUGUCUGGACCCACAUCAGGGACUAUUUCCCCAUCACAAUCCUGAAGACUAAGGACCUGUCACCUUCAGAGAACUACAUCAUGGGGGUCCACCCCCAUGGUAUCCUGACCUUCGGUGCCUUCUGCAACUUCUGCACUGAGGCCACAGGCUUCUCGAAGACCUUCCCAGGCAUCACUCCUCAUUUGGCCACACUGUCCUGGUUCUUCAAGAUCCCCAUUAUUAGGGACUACAUCAUGGCCAAAGGAUUGUGUUCUGUGAGCCAGGCAUCCAUCGACUACCUGCUGAGCCAUGGCACUGGAAACCUUGUGGGCAUUGUCAUUGGAGGAGUGGGAGAGGCCCUACAGAGUGUGCCUAACACCACCACCCUCCUCCUCAAGAAACGCAAAGGGUUUGUGCGCACAGCCCUCCAACAUGGGGCUCAUCUGGUCCCUACCUUCACGUUUGGAGAAACAGAGGUAUAUGACCAGGUACUGUUUCAUGAGGAUAGCUGGAUGUUCAAGUUCCAAAGCUUCUUUCGCCGGAUCUUUGGUUUCUAUUGCUGUGUCUUCUAUGGACAAGGUUUCCAUCAAGACUGCAAGGGACUCCUACCAUACCACAAACCCAUCGUCACUGUAGUUGGGGAGGCUUUGCCACUGCCCCAGGUUAAAAACCCAAGCCCAGAGAUAGUGGACAAAUACCAUGCACUCUACAUGGAUGCCCUGUACAAACUGUUUGAGCAGCACAAGGUCCAGUAUGGCUGCUCCAACACCCAGAAGCUGAUGUUCUUGUGAUUAAAGUGUCUGUGCACUCUAGAGAAGGGCGGCACCUGCUUUGAAGAAGAAACUGUGUUGCCUAGAACCGGAGUUCUGGAAAAGGGGAAAAGGAAGGAAGAUGAAGGAGGCUGUGUGUGCA